GUUUCCUUCCCCCAACAGGGAACUUACCAUCGCUGCUUACAGUCCAUCCAGACCUCGGCCUGGUUUGGCCAGCUCCGGCUCGGUCUGUUCCAAUUGCGUUGGCCGUGCUACUGCUGCUUCCUUGCAUUUGCACGGAAGUCCGGUCUUUGAUCGCGGGCCGCCGGGUGGGCGAUUUCGCGGCCGGCCUCAGUAUCGCACGAGCCGUCCCGAAGGCGAGGCUCCUUCAGCAGACAAACUCGGGUCAAGGCGAAGUCGAGCUACAUAUCGCCACCUCAAAUGUCUUCAGGGGUAGGACAAUAAUUGCGAGCAGAUCCAACUGAUCUGGUCACCAAUAAGGCGCGCCCAUCAUGACGCCUCAACUUCCCUCGCAGUUGAGUUCAAGCGGGGCGGCCAUCGCAACCGGUGCUAAUACCGUCUUAGGAGCACCAUCAGCCGGAGAUCAAGUUGCAAUGGAGCGCUGGAUGCAACACCAGCACUUCCUUGCCAUGGAGAACUACUUUGCGCAGAUGCGAAUGCAGGCACAAGGGUCAAUAGCGUUACCGCCAUUGCACAUGCAGAUGCAAUUCCAGCCGCCGCAAUCUCAGCAACAGCAUCCGCAUCAGCAUCAGCACAUUUCAUCGGAACAACAGCAUCCACAACAGCAAUAUCCCCUCUCUCCUGUACAUCCGACACCUUCUGGAAUGCUGCCUUCCGACUCGCAAGUCCCACCUAGCUUGGCUGCCUAUGCUGCCACUAACCCCUCCACAUCUUUACCUCAUCAUUAUCCCAGGCAGAGCUGGCCAUACCAUGGGAUAAGCGGCCUCCCUCCCGGACCAAUUCCACCAGCAGUAGCAGCUCAUCCUUAUCUCAACGGAAUGAGUAUGGCGCCACCAGGUCCACCGCCCGUCCCACCGCCAGGGCUAGGGCUUUCACCGGCGUUGCACCCCUCGCUUCGUAACUCCACCUUGGGCUCUGGCAGCGUCACUACGCCCUCGAUCGCGAGCAAUGGCGUUAUGACCAGCAUUAUGGACAGCGGUACUGGCGCUGGCAGAGAUGGAAGUACGAGCGGCAGAGCUGGUCAUACACGUGACACUUGCGCUACUACCCAUGGCUUCCUGACAGACAAGGACGCUUUUGGUCUGCCUUUUUCGCGCAUGCCGAUGACUAGCCCGACUGUGAGCUCACUAGGCCGUCAGCAGAGCGCACAAAUGUCAGCAGCGGAGCAGGUCACUCCAUUGCAAAAGCAAGCACCAGGCCAGCCUCACCCUCAGCCUGGCUCCAUCUCUGUGGUUCCUGCUGCAGCUUCUUCCGCCACUGAAGGAGUGGGACAACAAUCGAACGCACAAGCGCAAACCAACCUAGAUGUCUAUGCAGCCGUCUACAUUCCUGCUUGGCUUAAGGAUGUCAACAGAGCCGAAAAGUACACGAUGCUUCGUCUUGAUGGUACUGAUCAUAGCAGGGAUGGCGCAUCCGAGACUGGCAAGGGCCGAGUCGGGGGAAUGGGCGCAGGCGCAGCUUUCGACCCAGAGAGCUACGCGAGCUGGUUCCUGCCGAAGCAUCUGCUCGAGGACAAGGAUGGUGGCUGGCUGCUAGACGGCGUCGAUGUGCAAAGCGAGGGGCAAGCGAGCGAGGAUGGAAAAGAAACAUCCGACGCUGAGGCAGCAGAGGGGCAAGUGGAGCUGCAACCGCUCGAUCGAGACGCCUGGCUGCCCUCACACGGACUCGGUGGCAUUGUAGAUAGCGCCCUUGAUGCAGCGCUUGAAGAGGACACGAGAGACACUGAAUCAGCCUCCAGUGCAGCUGCCAAGCAAGAGGAAGAGAAAGGCGCCGAUUGGGGUCGUUCCGUCGGUGCUGUUCCUGCAGUCACACCGGCAAUGGCAGAAAAUGGGAGUGGCGAAGGAGCUCAAACCGUCGAUGCGGAGGCGUCGAGGGACGCGCCGCGCGUGGUGUCUAUUACGGCGGGUGGACCUGAAGGGAAACGUACAGAUUCCGCUUCGGGAACGCCGAUCAGAGUACCACCGCUCACGUCCAAAACGUACGCCGAUCAUUUCCUUUCGCUCUUGCAAAUGGAGUCGGCGGCCAAGACGGCACAAUUGGACCGGCACGCCAUGUAUCGUGUCAAGCUAGCCCGCUAUCGGCUCAAGCAACCUGCCUCGGUCGGACUGAAAGAGCACGAUCCGGCGCUGAGCAAUCUUUUCGUGCUUAACAUACCUGGACUGCGGGAGGAGCAGCCCAAGCUACGCAUCGGCGACCUUUUGCACCUCCGGCCAAUCCUUUACGAACAGCGGUACUGGUUCGAGACGGUCUUCGAAGCGCGCGUCUGGGCGCUCAAGGCCGUUGCGGGACAGGCCAUCAUCCAGUGCCAUCGGCUUGAGGAUACGCUUGAGCGCUGGAGAUGUACUCUCGAAACACCGCCAGCCUCUGCAACCAAUCAGUCGUUUGCAAGGAAGGCGGGGCAGAAUGCAAUCGCUGUCGGUACGAAGGAGCAGGUCGAGUUCAAUGUCGUUUUCAUCAACUCGCAGAAGGAGCUGGGCGAUGCGCAUGUCAGCUUGUGCAGGAUCGGCGACAUUCUCAAACAGGAGCGCAGCGCGAAGAAGGCUGGUCGCCAUUCAGAAGCGGCAGACGUCUGCAGGAGAUGGCUCUUCCCCGAUGAAUCUGAUCUUAAGCUCUUGGAUAUGCAGCUCCGCUCGGACGGCGUCGGUCAGGCUGGGGGAUCAGCGAAUGGGGGUGCCUCCGCUUUUCGAACAAAGAUGCUCAACAGCACAGCAAAAGGCACUGCUCGAGUCAAUGGCGCUGCCGUCCAAGCAGAGUCGCGCAGCAAGAUGCAAUACGUUGACACAUUGCUCAACGAGGAACAGAAGGAGGCGGUCGAUUACCUCUGCUCGCAACAUCCCAAGCUUCCUUACUUGAUCAGCGGUCCGCCAGGCACUGGCAAGACCAAAACCAUCUGCGAAGCUACAUUGCAGAUCGUCAGCCUUCAGCCGCAAGCGUGCGUGCUGCUAUGCGCUCCGAGCGACACUGCUGCAGACACCGUCGCCUUGCGCCUCAGCAGCACGCUGAAGCCUAGCCAGCUGCUCCGUAUCAACUCGUCAACCCGCACAUUCGCAGAAGUACCCGAGGAGCUGAUCAUGUUCUGCCACAUUGUUGAUGCGGAUGGAGUCAGUGCAUUCAGCCUGCCGCCCUGGCACCAGCUGAUGAAAGCGCGCGUAAUCGUCACGGCGACGUCCGACGUGCCCUUGCUUCUGCGAGCCCGCUGCUCCAACAUUGAUCUCCAGCGUCUCGGGAAACUAAUAAAUACAGGCCUGCAUCCGCACGAUCCGGAGCGCACAGAAACUCCGCUACACUGGACGCACUUGCUCGUCGACGAAGCGGGCCAAGGGACAGAAGCGGAGUUGGCCGCGGCGAUCGCUUGUGUUUUACCAUUGCCCUCAUCAAAGACCGCGCCUGUCUUCUGCCUGUGCGGAGACGCGGCGCAGCUCGGUCCUCGCAUCACGUCGCACGAAGCGCGAUCGCAUGGCUUGGAUUGGUCGCUCUUUGAGCGCCUGCUUCAACGUAAGGUCUACGCGCAGUCGCUGCGGUCGGUUCGUACACGCCAGAAGUUUCAUGAUUCGGGAAACAAGGCGAAGGGGUCAGCGGCUUCAUCGGUGGAGUGGAGCAGGGCCUCCAAGUUGGUCUGCGGUCUUCGUCGCAACUAUCGAUCUGCGCAUCCCGCUUUGCUCAUGGUGCCGUCCGCACUCUUCUACCAUGAUGCGCUCUUGCCUUGCGCACCGCGCAAAGACAAUCUCAAUGCAUGGAUCGGCCUGCCAAAUCCCAAGAUUCCCUUGUUGUUUGAGAAUGUCGAGAGUCCCGAUGUAUGGGUCGACGAAGGCGUCAGCUGGCACAACCCAGGCGAAGCGGAUAAAAUUGUUGCACUUAUCCAAAGUCUCACUGGUAAAGUCGAAGGCCCGCCCGGCCUGCCCACGAGCGGUGCUACAGUCCUGCCUCAAGAGAUCGCCGUCAUCACCCCUUAUAGGGAGCAAGUCUGGCGUUUGCGUUUGCGCCUUCGUGCCAAAGGCUUGAGCCAAGUAAAUGUAGGACACGUCGAGGUGUUCCAAGGCGCCGAGCAUCGAGUCACGAUCGUGUCAACUGUGCGCUCACGUCAACGUUUCGUCAAAAGCGACGUCGAGCGAGGUGUGGGACUCAUGUUCGAUCGCAAGCGUCUGUGUGUCGCCACAACGAGAGCAAAAGAGGCGCUAAUCGUUGUUGGCAACGCCAGGCUCCUCAGCAAAGACCCGUACUGGCGCGAGUACGUCUCGUUUGCGCUGCGCAACGGGUUCUACCGUGGACCUGAGUGCGAUGUCGACCCAUAUUCGGGAUCCAACAUCUCGAGCUUGGAAGCGAAAGCGUCUAGCCUCAAUGGCGAUGCGCACAGCAACAUGAUAGCAGGCCGAGUUGUUGCAGCGGCACUCUUUGACGAUGAAGAGUAAAAGUGCAGGGCGAACCAUGUAAUGCAUGAGCGACUUUACAUAGGCUCAGGUUCAGCUUCUGCCUUCCU